AUGGAUCCACCGCUGCGACGUGUGUAUAACAAUUUGAUCCAAGCGGCCACUUGCGACAACGACAUCAUGAAAGCACAGGAGACCUUUGCCAAGAUGCUGAGCCACCGCGUGCGGCCCGACGGGAGAACCUACACGCUGCUUCUCCGCUUCUGCGUGCCUCGAAGAGCUCAUGCACUGUCCGUAAUCUUGCUACGAACCGCACUGGGCUUGAAGCAAGAUGAGCUGAUCAGCGGCAAGGGCCAAGAUGCGCUGCAUCCCACCUUGGCCAAGGUGCUACCGUCGCAAUGGGCCACGGCGCCGUUGCGAGGCAACAACGCUCUGCAAGAAGAAGUGAUCCUUGAUAUGCUGGAUUUCCUCUCUCGACAGGCACCUCCAGGAGACUUCUGCCUCCCUCGCUUGACAGAAGAAAUUCAGAAGGCUUUGCCGAACUUGAGACUGCCCAAGUCCACCAUGAGCAGGAUCUUUGAACACUGA